UUGCCUUGUCCUAUGGAGAGGACCCUACAGGACCUAGCCCUGGCUGUAGCAGGGAGUCACCCGCUGCUCUUAAAGGGAAGGUCCAUAUAUCUGAAAAGAAGCUGAGAGGGAGUGUUCAAUAUCGUGAGACCCUAGUGACAGCACCGAGGAGGAUUAUACAGUGCGAGGAGAUCCUGCAAGCCAUGAAAGGUAAACCACCAAGGCGUAUCUAAAGAGACAUUCAUGGAGAUCCCCUUGUAGACUUUGGUUGGUAACUAGAGUCUCCUUGCUUCAGUAUACCUAUCCACGCCUGGCAACUGACACUAUUAAGGAACUCUUAAAGGGAUCUAUACACUUACUUCCAUGAGGAUCAUCUUAUGGACACCUCACAGUAGUGGUGAAGGCGGCACAUGAGUAUUGGAUAAGGUGCCGAGACAUACAUGUCCCAAAAGGGGCACCAUAGUGGUGGUGAGGACUGAGACUGCCAUGCACAAUGCAGUAUUCCCUGUUUCUGAUGUUUGGUUACUUCCUGUCCAUCUCCACGUCCAAGCCUGUGAAUGAGACUAAACCAUUAACAGAUCAUCAGUGGAGCGCCGGCAAGCACUUGACCUUAAACAUACCUGGCGCUCCCUCCUCCGUGUCCUUAUCGCCCUCUCCGCCAGGUUAUCUUCAGAUUGGAGAUGGGUGUUGCCUACAGUUUGACUUUCCAGAACAUAGUAAAGGUGUGAUUGUGAUCAGUGUGGGAUCUGCCACCCUCGCCUCCGAGCUCAGCGUACAUUCCCUGGACACGUCGGUCCUAAAGGUCCUUAACGUGAGUCGUGCCCCCGAGGGUUUGCCGGAUAAGUUCCUGGCUCAUAUCUGGUCAGGGAUGCCUGGAACUGCUCCCCUCCACCUGAGACUGAAGCUUCUUGAAUCUGUACUUGAAGAACGAGAUGACUUCUCCAUCCAUGUGGUUGCCAAUCCCGAAUCUCAGGAAAAUGGAGGGUUUUCCGCCAGUCACUUCUCCGAAAGCCCUCUCCUCUACGCACUUCUGCCCCUUCUCUUCAUCAACAAAUGUGCCUUUGGAUGUAAAGUGGACCUUGAGAUCCUGAAAAGCCUAAUCAAGCGCCCCUACCCUGUCCUACUCGGCAUUGUGGGUCAAUUUGUUCUGAUGCCUCUUUAUGCCUAUCUCCUCUCCUUGGUCUUUGGACUCUCUCAGCCCUUGGCCUUAGGACUGGUGGUGACCUGCUCCUCUCCUGGCGGUGGCGGCGGGUACUUGUACAGUCUCCUGCUGGGUGGAGACAUUACUGUGGCAAUAUCAAUGACAUUGGUGUCCACCUUGGCGGCCGUGGGCUUGAUGCCGCUUUCCUCCUCCCUCUAUGGACGAUUCUUGGGAGUCCACCAGACGUUGCACAUUCCUUUUCUAAAGAUUUUCGCCACGUUGCUCUUCAUAGCUGUGCCAAUUUCGACAGGAAUGGUGAUAAAAUGGCGUUUUCCUCAAGUGUCCAAGCUUCUUCUCCUAGUGAUAAAGCCUUUUAGUGUUGUGCUGAUGGUAGGAGGUCUGUUCAUGGCCUAUCAGAUGGGCUCCUCCCUGCUAAGUAAAGUGCUCCCCAUACUGGUUGUAGCGGGGGUCACUGUGCCGUUGGUAGGACUUGUGACCGGAUACUUACUGGCAUACUUGUUGCGUCUACCCAUUGCCCAGCGUCGGACAGUCAGCAUUGAGGUCGGGGUGCAGAACAGUCUUCUAGCCCUGGCUGUUCUUCAGCUUUCGUUUCCCCGGGCUGAGGCAGACCUCUCUUCUCAGGCACCUUUCUUGGUGGCCCUAAGUGGCACCUCAGAAAUGUUACUACUGGUUCUCUUACACUUUGCCUACAGAAAGCUAAAGGACAAUACCUGAGGUGCCAAAUCCUGGAAGUGGGUCCUACAAAAACGUUUACAUGCUGCAAGUUUUCAUUAUUUAUAUAUUCAUCUUAGGUUUUUUUUUUUUCACCUGUCACCAUAUACCUGUGGUCCAAUGUUUCCAGCAAUGAAGCAGGGUGUUGUAAAUCUUCCUUUUACUUUAAGACAUUCCAUUUAAUUAAGGGUAUUCCUAUCUCCGGGGGCCCCCGUCCACCGACUUCAUCCCGCCUAGGUACUGAGGCCAGAGGUGAUCGGAGCUACAGAAUCAGCCGCGCAGGCUCUGAUACUACUUGACUGUGCCUGGCCUGAUAUCUCCAUAGCUCCGACCACCUCUGGCCAUGGCAGCGAAGGUCGGAGAGGGGCCCAUACUGAGACUGGAACACCUUUUUAAGGUGUAAUUUUAUGUUUUGUGGUAAGAAAAUAUAACAAGUCUUCAAUGUCUUCUCCAUUUUAGGUGCCUACCACCAUAUAAUCUUGUGUUAAUUAACCCUUCGCGGUCUUAGUUUGCCAUUCCACCAUCAUCCUCAAAAGCCAAAGUUUUGUGUUCAGUCUGCUUCAUGCACUGAGGGGGAAGAUGGCUAUUUUUUAUAUAAUGUUUUGUAAUGUAUGCAGGGUACGAUUUAAGGCAAUGUUUUUCCUAGUAUACGAAAAUUAAAUAGAAGUUGAAUCCA